GGCGCAUGGGCGACCUGAGUGACGCGGCGCUGGGCCGGAGCGUGCUGACCACAGUCGGGGCGUUGUUUCUGCUGUUCUUACUCUGGGUCAACAGUUACUCCUUUAUUGACGAAGAACUAGUUAUUCACGCGUGGCUGCCGGAUCCACAGUGGGCGCUUUUAUUUUGCGCUGUCUGGGGGCUCUUUUUCGUCGGCGGGCUCAUGGCCUACACUCUCUACCACCUGCGACCCUACCUCUAAUCGUCAAACACCUACAACUCACACAAAUAUGCACUAAAUUGAAACAUAUAACCAUGGAGGUUGUAAACAGAGAUCAAUGGAUCGUGAUCGGGAUUUCGGGCGUCACCUGCGGUGGAAAAACUACGCUCGCCAACAAGCUCGCUCAAACUCUGACGCCGGUGUAUCUGUUCAACCAGGACAAUUAUUUCUAUCCGGAUGACAGUCCACACCAUGUGCGCGUCGAGGGCAUGGCGCACAACAACUACGACAUACUGUCGUCGCUGGAUAUGGAGAGUAUGUGCGCGGACAUGUUGGCGACGAUGCGCGGCGAAGACAUGGCGCAGUACAGCUCGAGCGAGCGCGGCGCGCGGCUCGCGGCCGAAGGGAAGAAGUUCCUUAUCGCCGAGGGGUUCACCGUGCUCAAUUAUAAGCCGAUACUGGAUCUAUGCGAUCUGAAGUACUACUUCGUGCUUGAGUUCGGAGAGUGUUUCGCGCGGCGCUCGCUGCGGCUGUAUGACCCGCCCGACAUCCCCGGCUACUUCGAGCGCUGCGUGUGGCCCGAGCACUUGAAGUACCGUGCCGAGAUCGAGCGCAACUCUUCGAUACACCUGUUGGACGGCAAGGUGCCGGACCCGAUACGGAUCGUGCUAGAGGACCUGAAACGGUUCGGCGUGUACGCCUCCUAGCACGACCUCGCGACCACGUUUUACUAUCUCACCGUAUUGUUAUAUGGAGACAUUU